AUGGAUAGUCGGGCGUCGACAUCGGCCGGUGCACUCCGCGCUCUUGCUCUUGAGCUUAAAAAUCUGCAAUCGCAGCCGGUCGAGGGGUUUACGAUAGACGCGAAUGAAGAUAACUUGUUCGUUUGGACCGUUGGAAUUUAUGGACCACCGAAAACACUCUAUCAGGGAGGCUAUUUCAAAGCGUCGAUUCGUUUCCCGUCCAACUAUCCAUAUUCUCCACCAUCAAUGAAAUUUUUGACAAAAGUCUGGCAUCCAAAUGUUUACGAGAAUGGCGACUUGUGUAUCAGUAUCCUUCAUGCGCCGAUCGACGAUCCGCAAAGUGGCGAAUUGCCGUGCGAGCGUUGGAAUCCCACACAAAGUGUUAGAACGAUACUACUUUCGGUUAUAUCAUUGCUCAAUGAGCCGAACACUUCAUCUCCGGCGAAUGUCGACGCGUCGGUGAGCUACAGAAAGUGGAAGGAGGGAACUGAUUCUGAAUACUCAAAUAUUGUUAGAAAACAAGUUGAAGAAUCUAAAUUGAUUGCUCAGCGUGAUGGAAUUGUUGUUCCUGAAACCAUAGAAGAAUAUUGCGUGAAAUGGGCUCCAGCGCAUGAUGAUAUGCUUGACGAUUAUGGUAUGUUCCAUAUAAAAUAG